AUGUCUGCUGUUAUGAGUGACGCUGCAGUAUUGCCGAGCGCUGCGGGUGAUGAUCGCCCCAACGGCGGCCACGUGAUGGUGACCUUCUUCACCACAACGUACGCGAAGGCGAUGCCGGAGCAGUCGUACUCUGUGCCGCUGAGCACACUGCCGGAGGGGCUGAGCACUCUUGUGCAGUCGGUGCUGGGCGUGGAGGAGCAGCCGUUCGACUUUCUCCUCAACGACGAGUACAUUGGCACGUCGCUGCAGAAGUUCCUCACCCGCCGCGGGAUCAGUUACGAGGAGCUCCUCAACGUGGAGUACACACCGGCGCUGCAGGCGAAGGAAGGCGCGCUGCUCCCGCACGACGACUGGGUGAGUAGCGUGCGGGCCCCCGUCGCCGGCUGCGCGGAAUUGCUGCUGACGGGAUCGUACGAUCACUGCGUGCGGCUGUGGGACGGCGAGAACUGCGUCGCCCUCGGCACAUACCACGACGAGUGCGUGAAGGAAGUCUGUCUCCACCCACUGCGACCAACACCUGCCGCAGACACUCAAGAGGCUUCACGAAAGCGAAAGCGGGCGACCCAAUUGGAAGAUUUCUUCUCUGUUAGCUGCAGUAAAGAUGGUAGCGUUGUGGCAUGGCAAUUUGAUGCCGCCUCAGCUCAACUAAAACCACUCGGAGCGGUGAAAUCACACUUGGAUGGUGUUGACUCCGUGGAUGUCUCACCAGGAACAGGUGCAUUCGUCGCCAGCGCCUCAUGGGAUUGUAGUGUAAAAGUAUUUGAGUGGGAAACGCUUAUUGAUACAAAAACGGCAGCAUCUGCAAAGGCCCCUCUUGUCUCAUUUACAGAUCACACAAGACCUGUUCUCGCCUGUCGUUUCUCUGCUGUGGGUGUUAAUACAGAUUUGCUGCUUUACUCCGCCGGUCUUGACGGCUCUGUGAAGUGCCUUAAUGUUGAUCAAGCUGUGAUGCAGCAACAAUACACGGGUGAUCACCCAAUUCAAGGUCUUGCUGUAAAACAUGCUGGUGGUGGUGGUGAUCUCAUCCUCGCAGCGUGCACUGAUAAUCGUGCACGACUGUACGACACACGUGAGAAGAAUACUAUCAAGACGUUCAGUGGUCACCGGCAGUGGCUUUACGCAGCGACAUGGAUGUGCCGACGUGAAGAGGGCACAGAUGCAGCAGCAGCUGCUGCUCAUCUUUUCGCUACGGCCAGCGAAGACAGUACCGUGCGUGUGUGGGAUCUUCGCUCGACCUCUUCUGCGUUACUCACCUUGGAUACUAUGCACACGGACGGUGUGCUUGACGUUACAUACGUUGGAGACUCUCAGAUUGCUUCUUGUGGAAAAGACAAUAAGACUAAAACACUUUCAUUGUCUAAAGAAGGAAUACUAUGA